AUGUUUUUUUAUACAUGUGCCAAUGUUGUUUACAUAGUGGGUAUGAUUGGCUAUUUAAUUAUUGAUAUUGUGGGAAUAGUAAAUUCAAAAACAAUUGAGUCAACACCAUUUUAUAUCGUUUAUGUUCUCUUGGCCAUUAUGUUUGUCAUUGAUGCCAUUUUAUAUACGUUGAAUUGGUAUGUUAAUGCUAUACACUUACGAAAAAAUCGAUCUGAUCCAAUUAAUAAUAAAAUUGAACUAGUUGCAUGUUUAUUUAAUCUAAUUGGUAGUAUUAUUUAUUUAUUAGGAGCAAUAACAACGACACAAACAAACAAUGCUAAUGCUAGCACUACGACUAUCACCACAACAGUAUCAACGCCAACAUUUUCAAAUAUACCUUCUUUCGUUUUAAAUAUAAUUGGAAUGUUAUCAUUGACUGUGGAAUCAAUUUUAACAAUUGUUAAUUGGAAAAAAAAUUUCAAACCAAAUAAUAAAUUAUUUCUAAAAAACGUUGAAUUUUGGGCUCAUUUGUUGAAUCUAAUCGGUAAUCUUGUUUAUUUAAUAGCUCAUAUUGUACAACCAAUUGUAACAGUUAUAUCAAGUUUUACAACAUCGUUGUUAUCACAAUUAAUCAAUAAUAUAUUUAUUAUUAUUCGACCUAUUCAAGUUGCAGGAGAUUUUAUCUAUUUAAUUGAUUCUAUUUUAUAUACACUUGUAUGGCUAAAAGUUGACGAAAGACGUAUUAACCCCUCUCGGAUAUUUGAUGCCUGGACAUCAAAUAGAGUUGUGUCAGCAUUAGUCACACGUGAAAAGACAAAUGUAAAAGAAGACAAGAAAGACGCAGAGGAAAAAACACAAUCGAUACCCACCAUAAGUACAAUUGUCGAUGCAAAUCAGGAUGAAGUGAAAGAUAUUGAACAAGAAAUAACAUUAUAG